CCGCCGCCUCGCGUCGCACUGUUGAUCUGGAUACGAUUAGACUCCUUGCAAUUCAAUGAGCACUCGGACCUCUCCAAAAGCUGGGUCAACUUUAUUUUCACUUUUCUUGCAACAAGGAAUUGCACAGCUCGUGCACGGUCGGGGAAAACAGCAAAGAGCUUUGAACUGCUGUCGGAUACCUCCAUUUGGAUCAACAUAUCACAUUCUCAAUCGCUGACAUGCAAGUUCACAUCGCCAGCAUCCUGAUGUGCGGGGUGUCAAUGGUCUUGACCAUGUUUAAUGUAUCAGAAGACCGGGCACACUGCCCACUGGGCUACUUCCCCUGUGGAAACCUCAGUACCUGCCUUCCUCAGCUGCUACACUGCAACGGUGUGGAUGACUGUGAGAAUCAAGCAGAUGAGGAGAAUUGUGGGGACAAUAACGGAUGGCCACAUCUCUUUGAUAACUAUUUUGGAAUACCCAGCAAUAACCUUGGGGCCAAGUCAAAUGCCUGCUUGCUUGGGAACGUCCCAGCUGAGUGCCAGUGCAGAGAUCUGGAGCUGGACUGUGAUGGUGCACAUUUCAAAGACGUACCCACUGUAUCAGUUAAUGUCACCAUGAUGUCUCUACAGAGGAACCGGUUGAGAAAGCUGAAUCCUGAUAUGUUCUUCAACUACCAGAGCCUUCAAAAGCUAUAUCUCCAGCACAACCGAAUUAAGGUGGUGCACCCCCCUGCUUUUAGAGGUCUCUACAAUCUUACGAGACUAUAUCUUAGCUAUAAUCGAAUCACCACUUUACUUCCUGGAGUGUUUCAGGACUUGCACAAAUUAGAAUGGCUGAUUCUGGAGAACAACAAUAUUCAACACAUCACAUCUUUGACCUUCUCUGGUUUGCAUUCACUCGUGCUGCUAGUCUUACUAAACAAUGCUCUCACAAAGCUUGAUGAUAUAUGCUUGGAGAUGCCACGAUUAAACUGGCUAGACAUUGAAGGAAAUAAGAUAGAAACCGUGGGAAAUGUUACCUUCAGGUCCUGUAAUAUGUUGACCGUGCUGGUCCUCCAGAGGAACCACAUUAGUUACAUCCACGAGCGAGCUUUCUCUCUUCUUCCAAAAUUGGGCGAGCUGGAUUUGUCCAGUAACAGAAUAGAAGUGAUUCCUCCUGAUCUUUUCAUCAGUCUUGGAGAUUUGCUUCAGCUGAAUAUUUCACACAAUCCCAUCUUGGACUUGAGAGUGGACCAUUUUCACAAGUUGCAUAAACUAAAGUCACUGAGCAUUGAAGGAAUUGAAAUUGGGAACAUCCACAGACAGAUGUUUGGGCCUCUCAGGAAUCUGACUCACAUCUAUUUUAAGAAGUUUCAGUAUUGUGGCUAUGCGCCUCACGUCCGCAGCUGCAAACCCAACACUGAUGGCAUCUCAUCUUUCGAGGACCUGUUGGCCAACAUCGUGCUGCGUGUCUUUGUCUGGGUUGUCUCGGCAACAACUUGCUUCGGCAACAUCUUUGUGAUCUGCAUGCGGUCCUACAUUCGCUCGGAGAACAAGCUUCACGCCAUGUGCAUCAUCUCCUUAUGCUGUGCAGAUGGUUUGAUGGGCGUCUACCUGUUCAUGAUCGGAGCGUAUGACCUGAAGUUUCGUGGCGAGUAUAACCGUCACGCCCAAGCCUGGAUGGAUAGCACAUCGUGCCAGGUGAUUGGCUCUCUAGCCAUGCUUUCCACUGAAGUCUCAGUGCUGCUCCUAACCUACCUCACCCUGGAGAAAUACAUCUGUAUCGUCUACCCGUUCCGUUACCUGACCCCGGGUCGCAGACGCACUGUGACUAUACUGGUGGCCAUCUGGAUUUUGGGCUUCAUCAUUGCCUUUCUGCCUCUGGUCUUGAAAGGGGUGUUCAGAAAUUUUUAUGGAACCAAUGGCGUAUGUUUCCCUUUGCAUUCAGAGCAGCCGGAAACACUCGGUGCACAAAUUUACUCCAUCGUCAUCUUUCUUGGUCUGAAUCUGGUGGCUUUUCUCAUUAUCGUGCUGUCUUAUGGAAGCAUGUUUUACAAUAUCCAGAGGACAGGAACACAGACGACCAAAUACAGCAACCACAUCAAGAAAGAGCUGACAAUUGCCAAACGCUUUUUCUCCAUCGUGAUCACUGAUUCGUUGUGCUGGAUUCCAAUUUUCAUCCUCAAGAUCCUGUCGCUAAUGGAGGUCGAAAUUCCCGGAACCAUCAGUUCGUGGGUUGUUAUCUUUAUUCUGCCCAUCAACAGCGCACUGAACCCCAUUUUGUACACGCUGACUACGCGGCCUUUUAAAGAGACGCUGCUGCAGGUGUGGUCCAACUACAGACAGCGAAGACCCCUCUUCAGCAGUCACCCCGUGCAUUUGCCUUCAUUCACAGGCCAGGAAAUGUGGCCGCUGCAGGAAAACAGUCAAUCACUCUGCUCACCCGACUACCUGCCCUACCCAUCUGAAAUGUCCAAUACCUCCGGGGCGAAGCAGUUACUGCCUGUGGAAGUGUCGAACGGCACGUGAGGUGGUCCGGUUGGAGUCCUGCAGUCCACUCCACCUCAUAGCCAGGGUUCAUGAUGACGAAGCAUACAAUUUUGUAUGUUUGUUGAUGUUUACAUGCAUGAACUUACUACAGGGAUCACAAAGACACACUGCAUAUAAGGAAUGCUUGCUUUUGUCCGUGUGGGGUUUAGGGAGUGGAGUGUUGAGAGAAAAGGACAAUAGAUAUAAAACAGACAGUGGCAAGAUGUUUGUAACAUCAGCUCACUCAGGACGAUUGAGUUCAUUCUGUUAUACAUUAAAGAUGGGGUAACAUGCUGGCUUCUCAUGCUUAACUCUUUCACCGCCAUUGAUGAGUUAUCUCGUCAAUUAAAAAAAAAACGCUUCUCCGCCAAAGAUGAGUUUUUACGGCAAUAAUUGGCAAUAAGUGAGACUCCGUUCUUUCAAUCUGACAUAUUGUUUGUCCAUAUAUUCUUUAGAGAAAAUUUACUGUGAGCCAUUAAAGUUGGGUGAAAAUGUUAAAAAACGCUGGUGUAGGCUGGCAACUAUUUUUUAAAAGGCUGGCGGCGAAUGAGUUAACAUGGUCAACUUGUUAAAAACCGUGUUGGACGUGUGACGUAGUAUUUCUGUGAUUGCUGCACUCCCCCAGCACUCCUACUUGUUUCGGAAAGUUUUUUAUAAGUCUGGAUCCUUGUUUCGUAACAGGGAUCCUAUUCCUUUUACUGGCCAUUCUCUGGAAAAGCAUGCCCAUGCGUCAUCCACUGUGCGAAAGACCAAGCGGUAGCGUGAGAGAAAGUCCACGCCUACUCUUCACGCCUAUCAAUGCCGCUUAACUCGGCUGACAAAAGAUUAGCUGUGUUUUUGUGCUCACUGCAUUUCGGUGAUGAAUGUUAUUUAAACGGUUGAUAUAACGCUGGUUUUGGAGAUCAUUUGAAACGAUCACGGAUAGAUGUCGCGGUCCCAGCACUAAAAGAUGCCGGACUUGAACCGCAUGCGGUAAGUCAAACUAAGUCAUAUGUCUGUGUUUUGUUGGCAAUCGGCGUGUACGUGCAUAAUGUAAACAACACGAAAGGAUAAUGCGAUGAUGUAUUGUGUGCUCGUGCAGCAGUUCUGUCCCCCUGCCUACCUCCAGCAGCUCGUCUUUCUCUGGAAAUAAUUCAUCAGGGGUUAAAGAGACCAACCACCAUCACAAUUACAUUGUGUAUUAAAAAGCCAUUGCAAAGGCUUUAUUUGCUUACAAACGUGUACACAGGGUCUUGAAUAGAAGACAUGACAAAUAAUCUGUUACUGUUAGUGUUAUUCAUUCUGUGAGACACAUUUCAAUGCUUUUUCCACAUUGUUGUAUUUUUUGACGUCAUGUCUUAGUGUUGAUACUAUUGUGCAACUUAUCUGUUUUUAAAAUGUGUCGUGUUUUUUCUUUGGUCGUAUUUUGCCUUCCUAAAAGAUGUAUGUAGCAUAUAUUGUAUAUUUAUCGUACAGAUAUACAAGUCUAUAUAUUGCGAUAUAUUGUAUAUUAUUAUUUUUAUUGAAAUUCCAGCCAAACUGUUUUGAAUAUUUACAGUGUGUCAUGUCCUGUGGUUCCUUAAAGCACCGUGCAGGCACUUAACAGAUGUUAUUGGAAUAGACAGUUUUGAUUUGUACUAGAAAUGUCAACUUUUAUUGUGAUACAGUCUCAUUAUCAGCCAGUCAUUUCCAUUGAUCAAAGCCAUGGGUGAAAGUGAUAACAGUGUUGAAUUAUCAUAAGGAAUAUGUCUGGAGAACCAACUUGUUUGCUUUUUUUUUUUAAAUGAAUCACUUGCAUGAUCAGUGAUUUUGUGCGUAGAAAUAUCUACUGUUUUUAGCUUAUUUUAGUAAAUCCCUUUGAAAAUUUCAGCCAGCCUGCAAACUCACUGGUAUAAAGAUUAUAGAAUCUUACCAAACAUGUUAAGAGCAAGUCUGACAUAUUCCACAAUACAUUAAAAGACGAUUACCGUCAUGCAGAAAUCUUAUUCUCAUUCUUAAGUAGCCUUCCGUUGUAUUGUUUUAUGGUGUAAUGUGACCUAGAUAAGUUUUUGUGAAAUUUGAUCCAACACUUAUUUGAUAAUAAUUAAAGACCUGUACAUGUUUGUUUGAUAUAAAUGUAUGAGGUACAAAGCUUUCAUGAUGAAUGACGUGGCUCUGAAAACAAACUUUGCCACUUAUUAUUGGUCAAAUCCAUUAGUGUUGCUCUCAAAGUUCUCCACCUAGAUGUGCUCCUCAGUUCUACUACA